GUCAGUUAAGCACAGAUCCGUCGGCAGAGGAUGGAGGGAUGGACCUGCCCCAAGAGAUGGCCAAGGCUUCCAACGCAGCUAAUAACCGCAGUGGGCAUGUCCAUCCCCUGUUCACAGAUCCUGUACUUCAGAAGAGUCCCCAUAGCCUGGAAGCCCCGCACAUCAGAGAGUCGGAGUUUUCUUCGGCCCGUAGCUCGCAGGAGCAACGGAAGACCGAGGAUCUGCCAAAGGAUCAGGCCAAGGAGAGCACUGGGAACCGGCUGCUGAACAUGCUGAGAAGAACUUUUAAAGGGUCUGAAAGCAAAGUACUGGACAUAACACCUGAGAUACCAAAUUUGGUGCCAUUUGGGGAUGUGGUUGGCUGCCUGGCUAUUCAUGUAAAGAACUGCAGACAUUUUACGCCUAAGAUCAGUUUUCAACAUUACAAUAAUUUAUUCAUUCGCAUUUCUAUAAACAACAUUGUGAAAUAUACAAAAAUACGUAGUUUGCUACCCCAGAACAAACUAAAUAGCUAUAAUGACAAGAAUGCUCUAAUUAAGUUUGAUGAAGUGAAAUAUUUUUCUGUACAGGUUCCCAGACGUCAAGAUGAUGAGAGGAAUAAUAUUUACUUGGAACUAAUGCAAAAUGACAAUAACGAAAAAUAUCCUCUCUUCUUAGGGAGUGUUCAGGUACACCUUUAUGAUGUAAUUCAGAAAGGAUGCUUUACUGAAGAAUUUCAAAUGUUGAAUAAAAGCACAUUUAUCUGCAGGGUGGAGGUAGAAUUUAUGUUCUCCUAUGGAAACUUUGGUUAUGGAUUUUCACAUCAGUUAAAAUCUCUUCAGAAAAUUAUUGAACCAUCCAUGUUUAUGAAUGUUGCACCACCUGCAGAAAGAACAGACCCUGUGACAAAUGUUAUUAUACCACAGACAGUAGAAUAUCCAGCAUUCUUAUCCCCAGACCUGAACGUUACUGUUGGGAUGCCAAUUUCAGCGUCCCAGUCCCACGAGCCUCCUGUAGUGCGAUUUACAAAACUUCAGCAACAACCUCGGGAAAGGUUGGUAAAAAUGAAAAAAGAAUAUAGAGAUUUGAGUACAUGGGGAGAAAAAGCUACAUAUUUAGAAAGAAUUCUUAACCCAAAAUUGGAAUAUAAUCAACCAAAGGGAAGUAAUACCAAUGAGGUACUUGAAAGCCAAUUUGAAAAGAAGCCUGAAGAUAUUGUAACAUCAGAUAUCUCUCUUACAAAGGAGGGAGCUGAAACUAUUCCAAGUGAGUUACUGGAUAAUGAUGAUGAGAAAGGCCUGACUCUACCAACUCUGAACCAGUCGAAUCAAGAUAAUAUAAAUGUUGUUGCUCCUAAAAGUGAUGAAUCAACAAAACAAAGAGCUACUCCAGGGCUCACGAUUCCUAGCCUGAUAAUAACAGAAGACAAAGAAGUACCACUUUUAGAGGAAUACCAAUCAGAAGCAGUGCCAGACAGAAAAAUGAAUAAUAUGCUCUUUCAUCCAGAAGUAAAAUUAAAAGAUAACUAUCCAAGCCUUAUAAAGACAGACUCAUCUGCAUCAGAGGUAAUGUUGAAAAGCAUCCCUAUAAGUCCAGGUGGGAUAAAGAGGAGAAACUUAGAUUCAUCUCUAACAAAAAUUAGGUGGCAAAUUAACAGUCUACGCUUAGCUAGAAGGAAGAGCACAAGCUCAGUUUUCCCGGAUUCAAAAUCAAAAAGCAGUUUUCAAAGCCAAGAUUCAAAGGAAGACCUUGAACUAAAGUAUCUACCCUCAGAAGUAAACACAAUGAAUGAAAACAUAAAGGCCCCUAAUUUUGUAGAUGGGUUAAUGCAAAAUAAGGCCUAUGGGCAGCUAAAUACAAAUGAAAAAGGAAAAGCAUUCCAGAAGUUCAACAAGUACAGUUUUGAUCCUUUUCUAAGGAAUAUAAACAACAAAAUGUCCAUCAGAAUAAGGCAGGACCAAAAUAUGUCCAAAUGUAGAAACAUUUUAAGUGCAGAGGUUAUAGAGCAUGAAGACCAAGAUCCUCCUUACCCAACACAUUCAAAAACUGCAAGACUUACUAAUAAAAUCUGGCACCAUAGUCUUGAUAUCACCACAACUGACAGCGUAGACACUAAGAAAAAGUCAGCCGAUGGUGAUCCUGGGAGCACCACAGUAAAGACUUCAGACACUGAGAAUAAUUUAGUCCGUGAUUCUGCUGUCACCACAACAAAUACUUCAAAUACUAAAAAUAAUUUAAAGGAAAGACUACCCAGUGUAUCUUUACCAAACAUUGAAGGAGAAUCAUCACUGACUCAAAAUGUAAAUACAUGUUGCCUUUCAAAAUCAUUAAGUCUUACUUCCCACAUAGAAAAUUUAAAACAAUCAAUUGUGCUCAAGUCAAUUUUAAGUAAACAUCUGCAAGACCUUUCAGAUAAAUUAUUUUCUGAACUAGAAGUUCCUAUGGACACCGAAGCAAGAAAGAACAGUCAUAGUUCCCUACUUCUAAGUGUUCAUGAUAAACCGUCAAGUAGUUUGGAAGACAAAAUAUUUGAAAAUGUCCAAGAUUUGAAUAGCUGGCUUUCAAAAAGAGACCUUUUAAAUUCAAAGUCUCGUGCAAGUCCAAUACUUGAAGACACUCCUACAGAUUCGCUUUCAGAAGGUAGACCAGGAAAUCCUCCAGAGGUAGGAAGGGAAUUUGUCUCUGAAAAACACUUACAGGCUGGUGAGAUGGCUUUUCCAAUUAAAAAAAAGCAUAGUUUCAAAAAGAAACAUUUAGAAAGUGAAGUAUCCAGCUCCAAACCAAGUUUCAAUGGCACUGCACAUGAUUACAUUAUAACGCAAAUAUUCACUGCACCCAUCUUCUCCGAAUUGGAGAUGGGAGUGGGAGAAUCAAGAGAGACGCAGAUGAACUGGCAGAAUCAAUAUCCCACAGCUUUGGAGAGUUUAUCUUCAAAUAUUCACACAGCCUCCGACUACGAAGAAAGUGAUGAUGAAAUAGAAUUGCCAGAGGCCAAAUCUGUGAUAAGCCAGAUAAUACAAGCAUUUCCUAUAGAUACUCUUUUAGAAUCUGGGAUAAUCAAAGUGACAGAAUUAGAUAAAGAAUACCAGAAGAGUUCUUUGCUGGAUAUAGGGACAGCCUUUGUGAAAGAAAAGCCAAAGGACUCCACAGAGGAUGACUCAGAAAUUAAAAGCAAAACAAAUUCUCUUUCAAAGCAGAAUAUACCCAUUAUUCCCAAAGAAGCCAGUGCUUUUUUAAAUAGAGUUGAAUUUAUAGACAACAGCCAAAAUAUAUCCCCACUAAAUUCAAAAUAUCAGUCUGCCUCAGAUGAAAAAACAGACUUGCCAAGUAAUGGUCAGAGUCUCGAUAGAGAAGAAAAUGAUCUAAAUUCUACCUUAGAAAAUUUAAGUAACUUGUUAAUGGGUACUCUUAAUGCAUCAGAUGCAACAAUGUUAAAAUCUUUUUUAAAAAACAUAUUUAGUGUUUUUUUCAUAUAUAAUCAAUCUGAAAGAAGAAGACAGCCAGAAGAAGAGUUAGAAAGAUUAAUUCAACAUCCUUUUCCAAAUAAUACAGAAGACCUUGAAGAAAUCAAAGAGAAUUUUGAUAAAGCAGACCUAUUAGACAGAAAACCUAGUUUGAGUCCAAAACUGCGUGUAUUUCUAGAAGAACUCUCAGAAUCAGAAAUAAAAAAUCUAAAAUCUGAAUUAAGUAAACAUGUCCAGCAUUACCUUGUAGAAAGACUUUCAGAAUCAGGAUAUAUCACCAGAGAGGACUUACCAAAAAUCUAUCAAAAUCUGUAUUUGAUGAAUGAGGAAGCAGAACCAAAAGGGCAAAAUGUUUUUCUGGAGGAAUAUUCAGAAACUGUGAAAGAAACCAUGUCUUUUGUAAAUAAUUUUAAUCAUCACUUCAUAGAUAAACAUUUGGAAAUAAAGCUAAGGUCUUUUUUAAAUGAAAUUCUCCAAAACUAUUUCCUAAAAAACGUUUCAGAAAGCCGUUUAUUUAAAGAGACAGAAUCUGAACCUAUACACUCAAACAUAUCUUCUCUAAGAACCGAAACUUUUUUAAUACCUUUUCACAAGUUAGGACAAGAUGUUUCAAAGGGGAGUUUUGUUAGAAGGACUGAAGUAAACAUGAAAUAUCCUUCAAAUGAAUCUCUGCAAAACUAUCUUCUAUCUUUAUCAGAAAAUGAAGUACUGAAUCUAAAAGCUGAGUUAAGCAAACACCUGCAGAAACUUUUUAUAGAAAAACUUUCAAAAUCAGGACUAAUCAGUGAAAGGCAAUUAGAGGGAAUCAGCCACCAUAUAAAUUUGAUUAAUUCGAGUUCCACACCAUUAAAAUAUUUAAAGCCAGAUUUAUCUUUUAGAGAUGAGAAUGAAUUUAUGGAGGAGCAUUCAGAAAAGCAAAAUAAGUAUUCAAAAAUUAUUCAUAAAACCACUUUACAAAAGGUUCCUGAGAAUAGACUUGUAGAAACAGAAUUGACCAGAAAGGAAGAAAAGAAUAUUAAAGAAAAUACAUCAAUAGUUAGAGGACAGAAAAGAUAUUAUCCUAAAGAAGGAGCUAACACACUGACUCUAAUUAAAGUACAAACUUCUUCCAACAAAACUACCCAGGCAAUUCCAUUAAAGAAGUCAUCAGAAAGACUUACAGAUACAGUGCUUAAGAAAGAAAGGAAAGAGCAUGGUUUCAUGCAGCUUCCUCAAGCAGAACAUUUUAAAACAGAGAUUCAAGACCUACAUAGUUGGAAUGGUAAAUCAAAAAUAACUCCAUCAAAUACUUGCUUUGAAAGGACACUAAAAAUGAAGUCCCUUGAAAAAAAGGAGUAUAAUGAUAUCUAUAAGUUUGUAUUACAGGAAAAACCUGAAGUGCUGUCACCAUAUCCAAGAAUCCCAUAUUGCAAAAUGCCAAAUGAAGAUGAUGAAUACAUAAAUAAAUUCACUUUUCCUUCCAGGCAGAAUAACAGUUUAACUUAUUUCAGUUCAGAGGCUGGGGAGAACUCAGAAGACCAAUAUUAUCAGAGAUUGAAAGGCUAUAAUAACAAUAGUAAAAAACAACAUUUAGUAACAUCUUCACAUUACAAAAAGGAAAUACAAGCUCUUCAUAUAAAACCAAGUGACAUUUGCAAUGAAAAAUGGGCCAAGGUCUUUGAAUCACAAUCGUUUAAAAAUAAAGUUAUGGAAGCUGAAAAGAGCUCAAAACCGUCCCUCUUCCCAGAAGUAUUAAAGAGUGAAAAUCUAAAGCCGAAGUUCCAAAAAGAAAGAGACCAUGUCAGCAAGCAAAAUAAGUCAUUUAACAAGAUAGUUGAGAUACUACCAACGACACCACCCACCACGAGAAUUCUAAGGAAAUCAAUUCCAAGGACAUUGCUUCAUUGGACUGCAAGAAGAACUAUACAUGAUUGUUUGGAUAGAUUUGAGGAUUUACAUGUGACCUCAUUUCAGCAUCUUGAAAAAGCAAAAUCAAGAGGGAUUCUUUUAGGAAGGAGCCCAAACGAUAGCCAUAAUCAAUUAAAACACUCUGCAAGACCGUAUACUGCUCCAGAGGUCCAACAGCGAGAAGGCUACACUGGAAAAUUGACAAGUCCUCGAAUGGUUUCAGCAGGCUUAGUUCAUUUACAUGAAACAAUCCCAGAUUAUGAAAUCCAAAAAAUGUGGCCAAAAAACAAUUGAGAGAAAAUGUUGAAAAAUGUUUGCUCACUUGUGAUGCUAUCCAAUUGUUAAACAGUUCAGAAUGAUAUGUGAGGCCAACAGCCAGGCUAUCAUUUCUCCAAUUAACAAAAUGGUUUAGAGAUCUGCCUUUUCGUGUGAUAGAAGUCAGCAACCAAAUGUCUUGUUAGAACCAUUUUGUUUUAAUUAAAAUGAAAAAGAAACUUUUUGAUGUAAAUGUGUUUUUAUGAACCAUAAGGAACAAACCCAGAAAUACAUACACAGUUCAU